AAGGAUAUGACAGAGACUUUCUUGAUCAAGCAUGCUGUCAUAGAAGAGUGAAUUGAUGGUCGGGCCCGGAAAAGAAAAACUGCCACAUUUCACAUUCAGGAUCCAAGUUAAAUGGAUGUCAGUUCGAAGACGGUGGUUGUUACUGGAUUUGGGCCCUUCCGACAACAUCUUGUUAACUCUAGUUGGGCAGCAGUGAAGGAGCUAUCCAAAAUUGGCCUCGGCAGUGAAGUAGACCUACACAUCGCAGAACUACCACCAGCUUACCAAAAAGCAAAAGAGCUUGUCUGCAAAAUAUGGGCAACACGUCAGCCCCAUUUCAUGAUUCACAUUGGCCUAGCUUCACCCUGCAAAGCCACCGUGAUUGUGGAGCAGUGCGGAAAGAACAGAGGCUAUAGAGAAAGAGACGUAUGUGGGUUUCUCCCAGAAGAUGGGUGUUGCGUCUCAGAAGGCCCAGAAAGAAUUGAGUCGACAAUUGAUAUGAAAAGUGUAUGGAAAAACCUUUUGGCAGAAGGGAUCGACACUAUUUUUUCCAGAGAUGCAGGAAGGUAUAUCUGUGAUUAUACCUAUUACGCUUCUCUUUAUUAUGGUAACGGAAAAGCAGCAUUUAUCCAUGUGCCACCGCUAUCCAAGUGGGUAACAGCAGAAUUUCUAGGAAGAGCAUUGCAGACUGUUAUCUUACAAAUGCUGAAGCAAUGCAGAAAAACAGAGAAUGAUCCAGAAGAGAACCAUCUGAGGACGGACAAGAAAACCCCUGGAAGGAAUGUUUAAUAUUCUGAAUGUUUUCAAGUAUCCACCUGAUAGUGAAUAAAAGCACCACACUAGACACAAAUGCAUACAGAAUCCUUUUUACUUAACUUAAUAAUGUAGUACUGUAACUACUAGAAAAAAGCCGAGUAAGAGAAACUAAGGGAGCUUUUUAGCUUCAGCCAUUCAAAAUAGACAAAGGUUCUUUUUUCAUAAUGUAAAGAAUCCAGAGUAUAUCGCAACAGGAAUAAAUUCUUACAACAGAAUAUACAAAAACAUUUUGAAUUUUUUUUUUCAUCUACUGAUUCAUUUUAAUAUAAACACAGGAAUUUCUUUAGGAAUAAUUUAUACACAGCAAGUCUUUAUGUAAUAAAUUGGCCAUGUUAUUACCAUUUUAUUUUUUAAUUUUUCUUAAAAAAACUUUAUAUUUUAAACAAGGUAACUUGGAAAAUGUUGUGUUUGCAAAUGCAUUCAGUUCCAUAGCACUUUCUAGUUUGAUUUUUUUGUUUGUUUUUACAUUUUUUCUUUUUUUUCUUUUCUUUUCUCUUUUUUUUGUCCCAGAGGUAGAAGAUCUCUGGCCAGUCCUUUCUUCUCAAACCUCACUGGUUUAGAAAACAGAAAAAAAAAGUUUCUGAAAAAGGCAACAAAAACUAUCCAGAAUCCUUCAGGUAAGAAGAAGGGGAAGGAACAUGUUAUUUUUGGAGAAAGGAAAUAGGAUAUUCGGUAUUCUUGUUUAAAUAAUUAUAAUAAAUAGGGGAUCUGUGAUGGUCAUUUAAACAAAGCUUCAAUGUUGCUAAAUAAUCUACAUAAAUUGUAUAGGCUGCAUACAAAACCACUUCUGUUUAUUUAAAAAAAGUGAUGAGGAACCUGUAAACAGUUUUCUUUCAUUCAGUGAAAACUAUCAAAAGUUGUCUUUCACCAUGCCAUCUACAUACAAUGCAGUCAAAUCCUUCAAUCGACCUAAGCAACAACGAUAAAGCGUAUACUUAAAUAAUGCAAGCAUUGUUCCAACCCCAAGCACACUUACUCAGAAGCAAAUUACUUGAAUUUCAGUGGGAUUCACUUCCAAAGAAUUGUGUUUAGGACUGUAGCUAAGAACUGCUUAGCAGCAAUACUUAUUCUGUUUCCUUAACCAAUGAGGUUCUCGCCGACCUAUUAAAUUUAAAUGCACUCAUACAGUAAAAGUGAAAUGACCAAUUAGAAAUUAUCCCACCCAUCCAGAGGGUUCUGGAAGACCAGGUUACUGAAGAUACAGAACAUUCUGGGUUUACUCUGUACUGGGAUACUAAGAUUGGGCAAGGAAUUAGCCGUGACCGCGAGUUUGUACAGAAUCCACUUUUUUUGGUGUACUGUAAAGCUAACUAGUAAAACCGGUAUCCUUUUAAAAAAAAACACAACCCAAAAGCCCUUGCAUACCUGCUCAGAUACACACACACACACACGCACACA